ACGAGCCUCCCAGAGCUUGGGUGCAGUCUGCUCCUGGGAACAUGAGCUGACAGCUGGCAGCAAAGGAAGUGACCUGCAUGGCCUCUGGUCCUGUCGUUUCCCAGUGUAUCGUCCCAAGGCCUCGACCGGCUCACCAGAAUGAGUCAGUACGAUUCCCAGAACACACUGACUCAAAAAGGCGACCUGACCGCCGGCGGGUCCAUCCGCUACUCCCGGAGCGAGUUCGUGCACGGAGGUGGUAAUGGAUACCACUCCAUGGAGAGAUACAACACCUUUUCCAAGUCUUCAGUCGGAGGACUGCCGUUAGACUCAGGAAGAAUGGAAGGUGCAAUUAAAGGCGGACUGAGUGGCAUCAAUGAUAUCCACCAAAGAACAGCGUCCCUUCAAGCCCAGUGCCAGGAGGACUUAAGGAGAGCUGAAAUUGCUCUACAGUCUGGUGAUUCUACAGCUGAUGCAGAGCGCUACAUGUUGAGGGCCAAAGGCACUAUUGAUCAUCUAAAGAACUAUGCCAUGGACCUGAGACAGAUGGGACAGCCGAAUGACAAUGUUGUCAAAAGUUGGGAGGUUUGUAACGACCAGUUGAAAGGGGUCCACUUGGCCAUGACUGGCUCCAUGCAGAGGAGGAGGAGGAGUGCUAAAGGAGGCUCUGGUUCAUGGGAAGAACCGGGUCGCAGCUUUCACGAUGCAGUGGCCUGGAUUACGCAGCAAAAGCAUCUGAUUGGAACUGCUUCCUGGGGAGAGGAUCCUGAAGGUAUAGAGAAGCAUUUAAUCAGUCACCAGAGGUUUCACAACUCCAUCCAGAACAGCCCUGAAGUGGAACGAGCCAGGAAUGACCUGGUUAAAAAAGGAGACAAGGGGAAUCUUCAUGCUUUGGAGCAAGAAUGGGACAGUCUACAGAAAAAGUCAUUCGGUCGGCUGCAGCAGCUGGAAGACCUCCAGCAGAUCAUUCAGGACAUGUCAAAAGAAAUUAUGUGGGUCAAUGACAAGGAGGAAGAGGAGCUCAUAUUUGAUUGGGGGGAAAAGAAUAUUGACCAAUACAUCCCCAAGAAGCAAGAGAGCUAUUCAAAACUGAUGAGCGCCCUGGAGGAGAAAGAGAAGCACUUGAAUAAACUGAAAGUCAGGGUGGAUACCCUCCUGAAGAACAACCACCCAGCUUCAGACAAGAUAGAGGCCUAUAGGGACACACUGCAGACUCAGUGGAGUUGGCUCCUUCAAAUUACCAAGUGUAUGGAUGUGCACCUGAAGGAGAAUGCAGCAUACAACCAGUUCUUUAAAGAGGCCAAUGAGACAUACAGAUCCCUCCAGACAGAACAAGAAACCCUCUGUAAGAAAUUCAACCGUGACAAGAAUACAUCACUGGACAACCUGCUGGAGCUACUCAUGGAAUUGGAGAGGGAAAGAGAGAAGAUAAUGGAUCACAAAAGGCAAGUUCAACAUCUUGUUAACAAGGCCAAGACCAUCGUCAGACUGAAGCCCAGAAACCCAGAAGAGAAGAGCAGCACCCCUGUCAUUGUCAAAGCCCUUUGUGAUUUUAAACAAGACCAGAAAGUGAUCUGUAAAGGUGAUGAAGCUAUUUUGCAGGGCAACAGUCAGCGCAGCAAAUGGGAGGUUACAGGACCCGGGGGCCUAGAUAUGACUGUACCCUCUGUGUGCCUGAUAAUCCCUCCUCCUAAUCCACUCAGCAUUAGUUUGGCCACCAAAAAUGAGCAGUAUUUUGAGUCCAUCCUUUCUAUCUGGAAUCAGUUGUACAUCAACAUAAAGAGUCUCAUUGCCUGGCAGUACUGCCUUCUGGAUAUCGAUCACAUCAACUCACUCACCAUCUCCAUGCUGGCCACCAUGCAUCCAGAGGAAUACCGCAAUCUUAUCAAAAGCCUUGAGACUCAUUAUGAAGAGUUCAAACUCAGUUGCCAAGGCUCGCAGAUGUUUGCUGACAAUGACAAGAGGAGCAUCGAGAGCCAGUUCAAUGGAGCUCAGACCCACUAUGAAACUCUAGUGGUGCAGUUACCUACGUACAUAAAUGCACAGCAAGUAGUUGAACAGCCACCCCAACAACAGCUGUUUUUUGUGCAACUUGCUGCUGAGGAAGACACCAGAGACCUUGAGGAAGAGCGACAGAGAGCAGAGAUGAAAAAAGUGAAAGUGACGAAAACAGAGAAAAAGAAAGUCGUCUCCUCCUCUCGCAGUUUAACAGAGCUGCACACGCUCAGAUUGAAGCUGGAGUCAGCUGAGGGUUUGCUGAGUCAACACAUUCACGUCUGCUUUGGAGACGAUGAGGCCAAAGACUGUAGCCUCAAAAUCAUCCAGCUAGAGGACUUACAGCAUGAUGUCUCCUUGAUACGAGAGGAGUACCUAAAACUUAGGGAGCACAUUAUGAAGGAGCUGGAGAGCAUGAGUGAUUCAGAUAAAGCUGCGUUCCUGCAAAGUGAGCUCGGAGUCAUCAACCAACGUCUCGACAGUCUUGAGAGUAGCUCAUCGGCUUACUUUCAGCGGCUGGAAGCUCUCCGGGACUUGCUUCAAAGUAUGGCACGGACUGAAGAUAUAGUUAAAGUUCAUGAGGCAAGAUUGACUGAGCAUGAGACGACCUCUCUUUUGCCAAGAGAUGUAAACGACUACAUGAGGACUCUUAAGAGUAACAUGGAAGAGUUGGAUCAGAAGAUUGAUGUUUUGGCCUCCAUGGAGGCAGAACUGGCCAACGCAAAGCGCUGGAAUGAUGAAGUGGGUGGGCCCUUCCACAGGUGUGAUAUCAUGCUGUCCAAAUAUGCCGAGCAGGUGGACCUGCUGUCAGAUCGCUGGAAACGAAUACAGACACAGAUGGACAACAGACUCCAGGAUUUGCAGCGGUAUCUGCUUCAGCUGGAGCACUACAAGCAAACAAGUCCCUCCCUUAGUGACUGGAUUGACAACACUCGCAAAAAGCAAGACAUCCUGCGAACGACGAAAAUACAGACUGUGGAAGUUCUGAAGGACCAUAUAAAGAAAGAGAAGGCCCUGAAUGCAGACAUUAAAGCAGAAAGGUCAACAGUAGAAAGUGUACUGAAAGACAGUGAUGCCUGUGUGAACUCCAUCAAGGAAUAUGAAACAGACCUUGCAUGUUACGCCUCUGGUUUAGAGACUCUGCUUAACAUCCCCAUCAAGAAGACAAUGCUAAGGUCACCAUCAAUGGAUCUUACUCAGGAGGCUACUCAACUGCAGACCCGUUAUUUGGAGUUACUUACUUUGUCUGACGGCUACUUGAAAUUCCUGGGAGAGCUCCUAAAAAACAUGGAGGAGCUGAAGAUUCGUAGUACUCGGAUUGACCUUUUAGAGGAAGAACUUUGCAUGUUGAGGGAGGAUAUCCAAGACCGCAAUGCCAAGAACAAAUCCCUGGAAGAUGCUGUGUCCCGCUAUCAGCUUGAGCUGUCCCAAUCAAAUGAAAAACUGCUGUCAGUAGAGGAGAUAAAGCGAACUACUGCUCUGCAGUGCAGCGACACAAAAGACAGCUUAGACACCACUCAGAAUCAGCUGGCAGAUCUUAGUGAUCAGGUGACACGUCUGAACUUCUUGCUGGAGGAAGAAAGGAGAAGGAGGAAAUUAGCAGAGGAGCGUUAUUCACAACAAAAACAAGAGUAUGACUCAGUGCUGAAGAAGAGGCAUACAGAGCUAGAGAAUGUCAGCUUGUCCAAAGUGGAAGUGGAGAAUAAUAUGGCAAACAAAGAUCAUGAGAUUGAACAGCUGCGGCAGAAAUUAGCAGCGGAAACGUCAAGGGGUGCAGAUCUACAGAAGGAGAUUUUAAAGGUAAGAAGCCAAUGCAGUGCAGAAAUCAAUAAAUUAAUGUUGAACUAUGAAUCCCAGAUGCAUGUCAGUUGUACCAAAAUCCAAAGGCUUUCGGCCCAGAGGGUGGAUGAUACACUGCAGCUUCAGGUGCAAUUGGACAGGAUGGUGGCAGAAAGGAUAAAUACGGAGGAGGAGCUCAGGAGGAUAAAGAUGUCUAUCAACCAGGCAGAUGAACUAAAGAAGAAGGCAGAGGAAGAAGCUCAUCGACAGUGCUCAAUAGCCAUAGAAGAGGGGCACAAGAGAAGAGAACUGGAAAUAGAGAUGGAGGUCCUGAUGAAGCACAGAGAAGAGGAAAGAUGCAAGUACAAGGAGGAACUCGCUGCAGUUAGACAGGAGCUAGAGGAGAAGACUGAGCAGUUAACCUAUGUCACCUACAAUCUGGAGGAGGAGGUCCGUAGAAGGAAAACCACAGAAGAAGGACAAGAUGUGCUUGAACAGACUUUGACCAAACUUAAGGCAGAGCUAACUAGUUCAGCAAAGGCUGUGACCCAACUAAGGGAAAGGGAGGCAGACCUUCAGAAUGUGUGUUUGACGCUGGAGAGAGAGAACAGGCAACAGGGUAGAGUAGAAGAAACCCUAAGUCGGUUGCAGGGCCGCAUAAAGGACCUUCAAGCUGUGAGAGAUGGCUUAGAGAUCCAGUUAGACAAUUUAAGAACAGUUAACCAAGAGGAAGUGUCCAAAAGAAGGCAGAUAGAGACAGAAUUAGAAAAUACCUCCAUGGCUGUGAGAGAAUACACUUGCACCAUUACUGCAUUACGCCAGAGCCAAGAGCAAGCCGUCACAUCGGAAAGGAGAGGCGAAAAACAGUGUCUCAUGCUGCAAGACGAGCUAGAGCGAAGCUUGAAACAAAGCAAGACUUCUGCAGAACAGUUGUCACAACUGAGCAGUGAGUGGAAAGCCCUGCAGCAACAACUCUACCAAGAGCAGGCAAAAGUUAAAGAGGUGAACCAAAAAAACAAGACUCUGCACGGAAUAAUAGCAGAGAAGAGUAAAGCUUUGAAUGAAAGCUAUAGUGAGCUUCAAACACUAAAGGAGAAUACUGACACCUUAACUAAAGAGAUGCUAAGGCUAGAGAAUGAGCUGAGGACAACUCAACAUGAUAAAGAUAAAGUUCUGAGAUUUAAACAGGAAAGUGACGAUGAGCUCUCUUUCCAAAUUACUGCCCUGGAGCUGCAGCUGCAGGCCAGUGAGCGUAGCAAUGUUGACUACUGCAACCUUGUCUCAGAGCUCUCCUUGGAGAGGGAAAACCUCAAAUUGAAGACAACGGAAAUACAAAUGCAAACUACUGAGACAUCAACCACGAUGCAACUGCUCCAGUCCCAGUAUGGUGAGAUAGUGAAAGAGAGAGAUGCUCUGUUGCUAAAACUCCAGUUGGCAGAGACUGAAAAAAAUGACCUCCAAAGUCAACGGGAGGACCUCAGACGUAUUAGGGUCUCUCAUGAGUCAGAGCUUCAAAAUAAGCACCGUCUAGAGGAGGAGAAUGACAGGUUAAAACAAGAUUUAAGUUCCUGGAAGGAACAAUAUGAAACUAAGCAAAAUCUUGCUAGGCAAUAUGAUGCAGACAAACGGCAUGUGGAGAAGGAAAAUAGUACUUUGAAAAGUGAGAUACAGCGGCUGCUGAGGGAACUUAGUGACAUUGAGGAAACAUAUAAAAGAAAACUGUUAAUCCUCCAAAAAGAACUCACUGAGUUGACUGUUGUCAGACAAACCAUGCAGGAUGAGCUAACGAGAGCUAGAGAACCCCCGACAUUGGAUCCUUCCACUGUGAUUUUUGAUGGUAUCCGUAAACCAGUCACAGCAGCACAAUUGCUUGAUUGUGGUGCUUUGGAUCAAUCAACUUUUAACCAGCUCAUUAAAGGGCAAAUGACUGUCCACGAAGUGUCUCUUGAUAAAAAGGUUAUUCUAAAAGGGACAGGCCCAAUUGCAGGAGUUAUCAUUGAAAAUCCAGAAGGUGACAGAUCUAUUUCUGGUUUCCCCUAUAAAAUAACUCUCACUGAAGCAAAGAAAGAGGGCCUCUUACCAGCACAUGUGGUUGACCUACUCCUAGAUGCACAGGCAGCGACAGGCCACAUCAUUGAUCCCAGAACAAAUCAAAAAUUGACAGUUGAAGAAGCAUGUCAUCAAGGUAUAAUUGAUGAAGAGGAUCGACAAAGGUUAAAAGCAACAGAAGCAGUAGUGGUUGGAUACAGAGGGCCUGCCACGAACAAACCCCUUUCAGUAUUUCAGGCAAUGAAGAAGGGCCUCGUUGACAAGACAACAACACUGCGCCUGUUACAAGCUCAGGAGUCUGUCGGUGGCAUACUAGAUCCCACACUCAGUGUGUUCCUUCCUAAAGAUACAGCUAUUGAGAGGAAACUGAUUGACAAUGAUAUGUACCGCAUACUGAAUCAAAAGCCUGAGCUUUACUCAGACCCAGACAGUGAGACUGAUGUAACUUAUUUUGCAUUGAAAAGGAAAUGCAAGGUAGAUCCACACACAGGCCUGCUUCUUCUUUCAGUACUUAGGAAACUAGACCCGUCUAAAAUUGUCUUUGAUGCUCUGCGGAAACCAGUGACUGCCAUGCAGUUGCUAGGUUGUGGUAUUUUAGACAAGUCAACAUUUAAAGACCUUGAAAAGGGAAAGAUAACUGUCCAAGAGGUGUCCAUCGACAAACACAUUAAUCUCAAGGGAACUGGUCCCAUUGCUGGAAUUAUAGCUGGAGUUAAAGGCAAAAUGUCUUUGUCAGAGGCCAAAAGACACAAUCUUCUUUCUCAUGAUUGUGCUGAUUUGCUACUGGGAGCCCAAGCUGCCACUGGCCAUGUCAUUGACCCCAUAACCAAUACAAAGUUGACAGUAGAGGAGGCAGUUGCUGCCAGAGUUGUAGACACAAAUGAUCGUGAAAGACUCUUAGCAGCACAGGCUGCUGCUGUUGGCUACAAGGAUGCCAGUGCAGGCCAUCCACUUUCAGUCUAUGAAGCCAUGAAAAAGGGACUUAUUGACAAAAAAAUGGGAAUACGCCUGUUGCAAGCCCAAGAGUGUGUUGGCGGGAUACUAGAUCCCAAUCUCAGUGUGUUCCUUCCCAAAGACAUUGCUAUUAGCCGUAACAUUUUAGAUGUAAAUGUCUGUAAUGUUCUGAACCAGAAUCCAAAGUGCUAUCUUGACGCAGAAAAUGAACAGGAUGUCAGUUACGGAGAUUUGAGGAAAAGAUGCAAAACAGAGGCUCACACAGGUUUGCUACUGUUGCCGAUUACCGAGAGGAAAGACCCAUCCAAACUAAUUUUUGAUGGUGUACGUAAACCAGUCACAGCACAUCAGUUGCAUGAUUGUGGAAUAUUGGACAAGCAUUUGUUUACCAAAUUAACAAAGAGAGAGAAAACUGUUCUCCAAGUUUCAGAUGAAAAGCGAGUUUUUUUAAAAGGGUUAGGAUCUAUUGCUGGUGUAGCAGUUGGAUCUUUAGGCAUAAUUUCUUUAUCAGAGGCCAAAAAACAGUUGCUGAUUCCCCAAGAUUGUGCAGAUUUACUGCUUGAUGCCCAAGCAGCAACCGGCCAUAUUAUUGACCCUAGAGCCAACCAGAGGUUUACAGUAGAGGAGGCAUGUGCCAAAGGAGUGGUGGACAGAAGAGAUAGAGAUCGACUUCUGGCAGCAGAAUCUGCCGCUGUGGGCUAUCGGGAUCCAAGUACAUCAGAAUCUCUUUCUGUCUUUGGAGCCAUGAACAGAGGAAUAAUUGACAGCAAAACUGGACUACGUCUGUUGCAGGCCCAGGAGUCUGCUGGGGGGUUUAUAGAUCCCAAUAUCAGUGUGUUCUUCCCCAAAGACAUAGCAUUGAAACGUAACCUUUUGGAUAAAGAGCUUUGUAAGGCGCUAAAUCAGAGUACAGCAUGUUACCUCGACCCAGACACUGAGUGUGACGUCUGCUAUGAGGCUUUAAAGAAGAAAUGCAAAACACAGUUGGAUACUGGUUUGAUCAUUUUGCCAGUUGUUGGGAGAAAAGACCCUUCUAAAUUGAUGUUUGAUGGGGUACGCAAGCCAGUCUCAGCAAAGCAAUUGUUUGAUUGUGGAGUCAUUGAUAAGUCUACCUUAGACCAUUUAGUGAGAGGGGAAAAGACAGUCUCUGAGGUGUCUGCUGAAAAAAAUGUCUAUCUGAAGGGAAAUGGACCCAUUGCUGGGGUAGCUGGACAUAAAGGAAAAAUGUCUUUAUUAGAGGCCAAAAAACAAUGUCUUCUGUCCCCAGAAACUGCAGAUUUGCUACUGGAAGCCCAGGCAGCUACCGGGUAUAUAAUUGAUCCCAGCACCUACCAGAAAUUGACAGUUGAGGAGGCGUGUGCCAGAGGAGUAGUGGAUACAAAGUACAAAGACCAAUUGUUGGUUGCAGAAGCUGCUGCUGUGGGCUAUAUGGAUCCAAGUUUGACCAAACCUUUGUCAGUGUAUGAGGCCAUUAAAAAUGGACUUAUUGACAGGAAAACUGGUUUACGAUUUUUGCAGGCCCAAGAGUGUGUGGGAGGCAUACUUGACCCUGGGCUCAGUGUAUUUUUGCCUAUAGAUAUGGCAAUCAAGCGCAACCUAAUAGAUGCAGACCUCUGCCAUGCUCUAAAUCAGUGUCCUGCAUACUACCUUAAUCCAGACCCUGAGCUUGAUGUUAGUUAUGGGGUUUUAAAUCAACGAUGUGAGACAGAGCAUCACACUGGUCUUAAAAUGUUGCCAAUUUCAGAAAAAAAUGAUCCCUCCAAAUUGAUUUUUGAUGGUGUCCGCAAGACUAUCACAGCAAAACAGUUGUUUGACUGUGGAAUCUUGGACAAACUAACAUUAAAUCAACUAAUCAUGGGUGAGAGAACUGUUCCUGAGGUGUCUGCGGAGAAAAAUGUUUUCCUUAAAGGUACUGGUAUAAUUGCUGGGGUUGCAACUGGAUCAUCCGGAAAUAUUUCCUUUACACAGGCAAAAAAAGAAAAUAUUAUGUCUGCUGACAGUGCUGAUUUGCUGCUUGGGGCACAGGCAGCCACAGGGCACAUGAUUGACCCCCGGACUAAUCAGAAAAUGACUGUAAAGGAAGCAUGUACCAGAGGACUAGUCAGUAAGGAAGAUGAAUCAAAGUUGUUUGCUGCUGUAGCUGCUGCCAUAGGUUAUAGAGAGCCAAAUACUUCCAGGCUCCUGUCAGCUGGUCAGGCUAUGAAAAAGGGACUGAUUGACAAAGACACAGCUCUACGCAUACUUCAAGUUCAAGAGUGCACAGGAGGUAUUUUAGAUCCGACCCUAAGUGUAUACUUACCUAGAGACAUUGCUAUGGAUCGGAGUCUGAUAGAUGCAGACCUAUACGAGGCACUCGGUCAGUAUCCUGAAUGCUUUCUGGAUCCAGACACUCAACUGGGAAUUAGUUAUUUGUCUUUGAAAGAAAAAUGUAGGAAGGACCAAGGCACAGGACUUUUGCUUCUCCCAGAACCCACAAAGCCAAAAACUGUCCAGGGGCUUAGAGACAAGGUAUCUGUGAUAGAUCUACUGCAUGCACAACUUCUGGAACCAUCUGAUAUUGAAGAAUUGAAAGAAGGCAGAUUGACAAUUCAGGACAUUGAGUACCGCCUGCGCUCCUACUUGGGAGUGUCCACCUGCAUAGCAGGAGUAUAUGACGAAGCCAGUGAUAAGGUGAUGACAUUUUAUAAAGCCAUGAAAGAUGGACUGAUGCAAUCUGGGACUACUCUGGAGCUUCUUGAAGCCCAGGCUGCCACUGGUUUUGUAGUUGAUCCAGUCAACAACACUCACCUGACUGUUAGUGAUGCUUACUACAAAGGAUUGUUUGGGCCAGAGUUCAAGGACAACAUGCUUUUGGCAGAAAAAGCUGUAACUGGUUAUCAACGAUGUGGUACAAAUGGGGUUAUCUCCCUCUUCCAGGCAAUAGAGGUGGGUCUCGUUGAAAAAGCACACGGCAUCCGUAUGUUAGAGGCCCAGAUUGCAAGUGGCGGUAUCAUUGAUCCUGAACACAGCCAUCGAAUUGAUGUAAAUGUGGCCCACCUCAGAGGGUACAUUGAUGAGAAAAUGAAAAAGAUCCUGACUGAUCAGGAUGUGGAUACUAAGGGCUUUAUUGACCCAAACACAGAGGAAAAGUUAACCUAUACUGAGCUUAAGAAACGCUGCAUUACUGAUAAGAAGACUGGUUUGAUUGUUUUGCCAAUUGCAGACAAAAUAAAACAAGACGCAUCAAUAAAAAACACCACAAGAGAGAGGAGAAUAGUUAUUGUGGACCCAGAGACUAAUAAAGAGAUGACUGUUCGUGAAGCAUACAAUAAAGGAUAUAUUGACUAUACUACCUUCAUGGAGCUGUCUCAGCAGGAAUGUGAGUGGGAAGAGAUCACUAUCACUUCUCCAGAUGGUGCCAAACGAUUUGUUAUCAUUGACAGGAAGACAGGAAGAGAGUAUGACAUCAGUGAACUGCUUGAGAAAGGAGUCAUUGACCACUCAGUCUUUAAUCGAUACCAGUCACGUAUCAUCACUUUAACACAGUUUGCAGAUAUUAUCACUGAAAAGACUGAGCAUAACAUAUUGCCCCCAACAAAUGCGUCAGUUCCAUCUUCCAUGUCCUCAUCCUCAACGGUAUCAAGAAAUGCGGUUUCUCUGUCAAAGAUGACCCCCACAAUACCACCUACUAUUCAAGAGCAAAGCUCUGCAACCAAAAGUGUUGCUCAAGAUUCCACUAACACCGUGAAGCAAAUGUCAAGUGUUUCGAUCACACUAGCCUCUCCUGUUGAAAGUGUUAGUGAAAGGGAUCCUGUGGGUGCCAUAUUUGAUACUGAGACUUUAGAAAAAAUAUCUAUCACAGAGGCGAUAAAACGUGGUCUUGUGGAUAACAUUACUGGCCUGAGACUACUUGAGGCCCAGUCCUGCACUGGUGGAAUUAUAAAUCCAGCAAAUGGCCAUCGUCUCGGCAUCCAAGAAGCUUCUCGCCUCGGUAUAAUUAAUGAUGAUAUGGCUACUAAACUCAAGCCAGCCCAGAAAGCAUUUUUUGGCUUUGAAGAUGUAAAAACUGGCACUAAAAUGUCUGUUGCUGAAGCCAUUAAGGAGAUGUGGGUACCUUAUGAGGCAGGCCAGAGGUUUAUGGAGUUUCAGUUUGUAACAGGAGGGCUUUAUGACCCAGAACUUGGCUGUAGAAGGACUAUUGCAGAUGCUUUGAAAAUUGGCUGGAUCAAUGGUAGCACUGCUACAAAGCUCCAAGACAUCAGUCACCACACAAAGAUUCUAACAUGCCCCAAGAGCAAACUGAAAAUUUCCUAUCAGGAGGCACUUGACAAUUGUCUGGUAGAGGAGUCUACUGGGGUGAAAAUGCUACAAGCAUCAUCUGUCUCCUCCAGAGGAAUAAGCAGUCCUUACAAUUUUGCCUCUGCCCCAGGAUCCAGCACAGGUUCUCGUACUGGCUCACAACGUAGUUCCCGAAGGAACAGUUUGGAUUUAGGCUCCCCCACCUCCGUAGUGACCAGUCAUCACAGUCAUACCAGGCUCACCAGCCUCACCACCAGAUCGGAAAAGAACCAAAAAUAGAAUGACUGCAUCUAUCAUUGUUAGUGUAUCUGAAUCCCUGAUACGUACUUUGAUUGUUGUCAAUGGAAAUGUAACCUAAUGAUAUUCUGCAAAAGAAGAGGCGCAAGAUUGAUGUUUUAAAUUUGCAUGUGAUGGGUGUCUGAGGUUAACACAAAGUGGGCCAAGAAAUGUCUGUCUUGUUGUAAUUUUGCAUGCACUUCUUGUAUUUCAGUAGAAAUUUCCUAAUUUUAGAUUUUAGACUUUGGUAACAGUUAUACAGUGUUUGGAUUUGUUCUGCCUCUUUUUUUUCUUUUUUUUUCUGUGUGGCUGUGAAGUUUAAUGGUAUAUCUCAGUUUGCUUGGUUUCAUGUAAGUUUAAGUUCUGUAACACUUUCUAAGUAACUCAAAAUAAAAGCUUUAACCUUC